AUGACUAAGAUUGAGGACGGAGAGGAGGAUGUUAACAUGCACGUCUCUUGGCUUCUGCUCUCCGAUGUGCCACCGAACACGCUGAUAGGACUAGACACGAACGUAUGGACAGUGGGUCGUAAUUUUCGCGGCGUUCGUAACAUCCCCCUUGGGCUGCACUACCUCUUCAUUAACGCGGCCGCGAAUGGUCCGGAAGGAGAGGUCAUCUCCGGCCCGCGAUGUGGUGUUUUCCUCGAUCUCUCUAAGCCAUGUGUCGUCAAAAAACGCUGGGUCAAGGAGUCCGAGGAAUUUGUGGACUUGCCCAGCACCGAAGGCGACGUCGACUUAAUGAGAUCGAAUCCGACUGAAGUGAAAAUGUAUCUGAUAGCCUAUCCCAAAGAGAGUUGUGAAGGCAUUGCUGCAUCAGAAUCACUUGCCAGAGGGGAGGAGCAAUUGCCAACUUUAAGGACUCUUCCAGAGACUGAUUUACACUGGACAGAACUGCCCCAGCAUCCGCUCUACCCACCAGGUUCGUCUCCAGCGCAGAUAAGUCAGUACAACAUGGACCAAACAUACACCCUUAAUCACAUUAUUGCGCAGCUGCAAUAUCCCGGAGAGCAAUUGUCAUCAACUAGCGCACUGACGCCUGCCGAGGCUCGUCUGCUUGGCGAAUUUCACUUUGCAUUUGUCGUCUUCCUCUUUGGUGAAGUUCUGGAGGGCUGGUAUCAGUGGCGGCGCCUUUUUUCUCUGCUGGCCAACUGCGAGCGUGCGGUGGUGGAGAGGCCGCGACUUUACAAAGCCCUCAUUACAAGCCUCUACCGUCUCCUCAUGUACAGCGCCAGCGGCGAGGUCACGGGUAGCAAUGGGGCUGAUGUCAACGUGGCGAGGCUCCUUCAUGCGGGAGGAGAAGAAAACGAGGGGAGAGGCUUCCCCGCCCAUUUCGACGAGUGGUAUGAGUGCCACAAUGGACCCGCCUUUCUGCCGCACACGAUGACGCGGCUCUUUGGUAACAUAGCGGAGGCAGCAGCAACAGCUCCAGCCGAUCAAAUUCGACUGGUGGAAGACCUGUUGAGUCGCGCAGAGGGGCUUCGCGUUUGCCUGGAACGACGCUUUAACGUGCGCCUCCCGGGACGCCGACACUCCGCCCUCGUGGACGGCGGACUGCUGGCUGAAGAGGUGGACUGGGACACUGACGAAGCACCCGUCAUUGUUUGUGAUUAG